UGGCUGGGAACAUGGCGAGGACGGCGUACGGAGGAGCCGACAGUGACCCCCGGCUCUGCCAGAUGGCCGAGAAGGGAGAGCUGCUGGAGAGCGGGCAGCCGGAGCGGCCGGAACCCCUGAGGUGGGGGUCGCAGCACGCUGGGGCAAGGGAGCUUGCGGAACUUUACUCACCAGGGAAGAGGCUACAAGAAUGGGUCUCCGUCAUCCUUUGCUUCCUUCUGAUGUUCUUCAAUUUCUGCAAUUUGGUCCGUUAUUUCAGCAUUGAGCACACGGCCAGCAUUGUCUUCAGCGUCGUUGCAGGGAUCGUAACAGCAGACUUUGCCUCGGGGUUGGUGCACUGGGGAGCGGACACCUGGGGCUCGGUGGAGCUGCCAAUUGUUGGAAAAGCCUUCAUCCGACCCUUUCGGGAACAUCAUAUCGACCCCACAGCAAUCACCAGGCAUGAUUUUAUAGAAACCAAUGGCGAUAACUGUAUGCUGACCAUCCUUCCUCUGGGCUGCAUGGCCUACAAAUUUCUCUUCCUCUCUCCAGAUAUCCUCUAUAAGACAUAUGCCACCGAAUGUUUUAUCUUUGCCCUGGCAAUGUUUGUGACUCUCACCAACCAGAUUCACAAGUGGUCUCACACAUACUUUGGUCUUCCUUCCUGGGUGGUCUUCCUUCAAGACUGGCACAUCAUCCUACCCCGCAAGCACCACCGCAUCCACCAUGUGUCUCCACACGAGACUUAUUUCUGCAUCACAACAGGAUGGCUGAACUAUCCUUUAGAGAAGAUUGGAUUCUGGAAACAUCUAGAAGACCUCAUCCAGGGCCUAACAGGCGAGAAGCCUCGAUCAGACGACUUAAAGUGGGCUCAGAAAGUGAAGUAAUCCCGGGCCGGCUUAGCCUGUUCUUCUAACCGUUGCCAACCUAUAAAACCAUAAAAGUGAAAACUAAAAGCCAUUAGCCAAAUAUAUAAAAGACUCAAGUGGAAUUAACUGACUAAUAAGCACAAGAUGGGAUUGUGCUAAACUCCAUAAGACACUAAUCCAAGGACUCACACUCCUUGCUCCUGGGUGCACCCUUCUCCCUCUCAAGCAGCUGACAGGACGUCUUGUUAUUUUUUUUAUUUUGCUGAUGUCCUAGAUGACUUUUCACCUUGCCGAGCAUCAUGUGACCUCCGUGUGAGCCAGAAAAGAGGAAGAUUGUACUCUCUUGCACUAUGGAGAUGCAUCAGUAAAGUCAAAAACAUUUGUUGUAUCAACAUGAAACCGCUGCUAUAGGGAAACCUGUGGCAAAUAUGAGAAGUAAAUUGUUUUUCUGUUGUUCUGCUGUUGAUGAGUAUUUUCCAUUUGUGGAGAAGGGCUAAAGGCGCAUGAUGCUGACAAGCAACACUGCAGCCUCCAGAUUGUCCGACACCUCCAUUGCGCUGCAUUCUUAUUCUCACCACUGACACCAUACUUCCACUUUGCUGAAUAGAAACAAAUCCUAUUUUUACAUGGCUCGUGAGAUGGGGCAAAGCGGCGUAGAGCGAUUUUUAUUUUAUUUAUCUUCCCCCCCCCCCCAAUCUAGGCAACAGAACAGUGAAACAUGUACUGGAUUAAUAGAAGCAAUCCUGUAAUUAGUGAGCGGUGCAGGGAGGCAUCAGACGACAGGUGAGUACAGGAGGGGCAUCUGUUAACCCACAAAAAACCCUCUAAGGCUUAUAUUAGAUGCGCAGAUCUUCAAGGUGAUUGUUGGGAGGGAAGCGUUCCUUCCCGGCAAUCACCUGCUCCCUAGCGGAGGAGACCGCUGCUAUUACAUGCAGUGAUCUCCUCCUCCAUAUGGGGAGGCGUGAUGGCUAAUUCCCCCAUACUGAAUCACGAUCUGCUGCCUAAAAAUUUAUAAUUUUUCAAUCUGCUGAAAAUUCCUAUUACCUGAUGAAUGAGCAUUUGCUCGUUCAUAGAGUAAUCGGCGGCAGUAUUACACCACCAGAUCAUCGCUAACAAGCGUUAAUACGAACGCUUGUUAGCGAUAAUCUGAACGAUUAUCUGUGCAUGUAAUAUAAGCUUAAUUCUUGCCCCACCCCAAGGAAGGAAGAGUAAGUUAUGGAUAAGACACUUGACUGCAACCAUCUCCUUCCUGUCUGUGGAUGGCUUUUACACAGGCUGGGUCUUCCGAAGGGCUUAUUUCAGAGGGUCUAAACUCUGGCUAACUGGAUCCUGAGCAGGUGAUCGCCCUCUAUUAUACCCUUAGGCACCCUUUACGCUUGAAUUUAUUUUGGUCUUUUUUUUUCAGUCUAAAAAAAUGACAGUAAAACAUGCAUUUUUUGCACGUCAUGCGUGUUUUUAUGGCAAGUUAAAUUCUUUUCUCUUAACACCUGAAAAGCAUUUUUUUUCCAGGAAUUUUUGUUCCGUGAAAAACAUGCCAUUGCUACAACAUACUGUGUUGACAAAAAAAAAAUCAUAAAAAAUGGCCUAAUAGGUGCUGGACUUGACCAAAGCAGACAUCGGCUUCAUGUGCAGGAGGCUGUACACAGCACAUGGAGUCCCU